GGAGCACAAAGUGGAGUGAGUGUGUGUGAACUUCCAGGUAAAACUGCAAACCAACUUAAGCUCCUGAUACUCAACUCUGCUCCUCUUUAAGCCCUCGAGGCCGCUGCUCCAGGCUUUGAUGCCCACACAGUUUGAAGCAGGUGGACAGACGCAGGCAUGAGUAACAGUGGGACCAAAGAGCCAUCUCCUCAGCCAAGCACUGCCCAGUCACCUCCUGAGCCUCAGCGUAGGGGCAGAGGUCGACCAAGGAAACAGCAGCAGGAGCCUGUUGGACCACCAACUCCAAAGCGGCCAAGAGGACGACCAAAAGGCAGCAAGAACAAAGGCCCCAGAACUGCACUGAAGAAAGUAGAGCCCAUUGGAGAGAAGCGACCACGUGGGCGACCAAGGAAAUGGCCCCAGAAAGUAGUGCUAGAAGUAACUGAAGAACAGCAGGGCGCUUCAGAAGAGGCUGAGGAGGGUCCCUCGUCAUCUCAGGCGGCAGCACAGGAGGAAGGGGAGUAGAUAGGGCACCUCUCUACCUACCUCAAGGUUUGGCCUCAGAUAAACAGGGGUAAAAUCUGACUCCUAUCUGUGAUGGGGAUUCAGGAACACACAGACACACACACACUCAAAAGUAAUUGCAGUCAGUAAUUUCUUCUCCUGAUGUGAUACCUUGGAUUUGUUAUCGAUUUUUAAGAGUUUUGGAUUUUUGGUGAGCAAACUGUGUUUUAACAUUGGAGUAUUUGAUCUUUCAAUAAGGUUUAUUGAAUAGGAAUAGUUCCACUUUUUUGGGAAAUGCACUUAUUCUCUUUUACUGAGACAUACAAUUUUCACAUAUAAAUAUGCCGUUCAUACCUGCAGCAUCUCUAAAGCUCGCACACAAAUAUUGUGUCUCAUUUCUGAAAUCUAAAAAUGUAAAAGCAGUUUUUGUGGUCGUUUUAGACGUGCCUGCUUCUCAUGUGACUUUAAGCAAUAAAGGAAAAACAAAAAGGGUGCAUUUCCCAUAAAAAUUGAACUAUUCCUACAAGUAUGCCAGCUUUCCUGAGCCCCUUAGUGUGCAUGGUUGCGUGUGAGCGAGUGUGAGUGCGUGUGUGCGCCGGUUGCAUGGAGAGGGGACUGGGCUGCAGGCUGAAAUGAGACUGGUUAAGAAAAACAAAGGAACCAAACUGAAUUGUUUUUAUUGAAACAUGUUUCUAAAUCAAAUAUCACAAACCCUCGUAUGAAACAUCGUUACAAUAUAGACAUGGUGCGCUGAAGUCAUUAUGAUGAAAGUUGUGUGAAAGGUUUAAACUGAAAAUGAAAUAUCAAAUUAUUUGAGGGGCGGGGCAGGGGCUCCUUACAAAAAAACAAAAACAAAAGAAGAUUUAAUUGGAUCCAAAAAAGUGACAUUCAGGGUUUUGUUUUUCUUCAAUCCAGCAGCUGAUUUGAGAGAAGUUGUUUGAAUAUUUCAUUUAGAAAAGAGAAACCCUUCACACAUCAUUUAGUCAACAAGGAUGUUGACGUGUCAUUUUUUUUUUUUUUUUUUGCCACACUCAGGAUUUCACUAUUAACAGUACUUUUACACCAUAUUGAAACCUCAGGUACAAAACUAUUCAGGAACAUGUUGUCUACUCAGAAAUAAUUAUGGUGCUGUGUUUGUUGUGCAUUUCUGAUCUGUAUUUGACAUUACCAGUAUGCCUUGACACAAAGACCUCAUUUAAACCUCAGUUACCUUCAGCUUCUUAAUCUCUCAUUCUACCUCAGUAACACAAAAAGAUCUCCUGCAAAGUAAUCCUUCGCUCCCUCAACAGUGAUAUACACAAUUACUGUACACACACACACACACAAACACACACAGGUUUUUGUGCAGAUAUACAGUACGAUUACACGAGGUUUUCAGGGCUGCAGGCCAACACGUGGAAGCAGAUGUUACACUCCAGUCGAGGAGUACAAAUAAAAGCAUCAGUAUAAUUUUUUUUAACUGUAUUUGAUAUAAACUGAAGUGAGAUUUUGUUUGCUCUCAUGGGAAAUAAAAUGCAGCCAAUAGUUUACAACAACCUGAUGAAAUACUUGCUUUUUAGGGUGCAGUUCCUCAUGAAAUACUUGUUUUUGGUUUUUUUAGGGUGGGGUGGGGAUUGCUAUUCUUUUCUCAUUUUUAUUCUAUCAUGUAUUUUCUGAUUCUUACACUGUAAAUUGUAUGUGUGACACUCUUAAUACAUGGCAGCAAAUAACCACAAAGUGCUGAAAUACAUAAGCGUUAUGGCUAACUUCAGGCACCGGCCAUACCAGACCGACUAAGGCUAUAGCAACAAAACACCUCGUUGUACUGAAGGUAUUGGGAGUGCGUUUUAUGGUCUAUCAAUUAAACAAGUUUAACUUUUAGUUUCAUAGAGAGGAAGUGCGUCGUAUCUUGUUGCAAAUUUUACAGUCUUCCUUUAAAGGAUCGUUUCACUUACCUCUAAAAGCAUGCAGCUACACCUCAGUAUGUACACCUCAAUGCAACAAAGUGCAUGGGAUUUAUUUUGUGGUGCUUAAUGAACAUUUUCUGUUGAAGCUACUUUCUACUUAAGAAAAUGUUGAAAAUGUUGAGUGGUUUAAGACUUGUCCACACUAACAUACUGUGGUAACUCCCAGUCUGUAAGAACUCUAUAAAUAAAACUCAACUCAGUUCAUCUCCAUUGCAUUCGGAAAUCUUAAAAAAAAAACAACGAAAUGGGAGAUUUUCAAAUAGAAACAUUGAUUCAGAACUAGCUGCAUGCCACCAGAAAAAGUGAAUGUAGUAUUUUUCACCAUGAAUACAGUACUGUGCAAAAGCCACCAUCAUUUCUAUAUUUUGCAUACAAGGAGCCAGACUUUCUUGUAAUCUUUUUAGGUGGUCUUGAGCAAUAGUUCUCCAGGUUUUCUGAAGGUCUUUCAAAGGUUUUCUUUGGAUAUUGGCUACUUUCUCACUCACUUUCAGUCCAGUCUUUGUAGCUGACCAUUUAUGUAGAAAUGUUUUUGUUUGUUAAACCACUAAACGCUGUGCUAGGAAUCAUUCACGCAUAAAAAAAGGCACCUAACUCAAGGGAUGAACAGUGCUGUGUCUACACAUAACAGACAACUUGGCAAAGAACCAAUUAUAAGUUCUUUGUAAGUAUCUUUGGGCACUUAAAAAGAAAGACUUCUUUAGUUGAAUCUACAAAAUAUAACAGUUUUUCAGGCAAAUGGUAGUUUUGCUCCAACAAGGUGACUCCUAAAGAACUACUAGAAAGAAAAUCCAGCAAAGCCCUGAUACAGGACCUGAAGGGUAUACCUGACCCUUCAGCUGAUUUAUCUACUGUUCAAGCCUCAUCAGAAAUGGUUUUCUGCCCUUCUUAAGGCAGAAAUGAGGAGAAAAGGAUGAGGUAUGCCGAAUUACACAAAAACUGGACCAAAAAUCGGUGGCAAUGGGGCUUAUGGAUCGAUGAAUACGAAUUAGAAAUUUUGGGUACAAAUCACAGAAAGGAACACUAUCAGUCAUGGAUUGGCCUCCUCAGACCCCAGACCUCAACGUUAUUGAAGCAGCGUGGGCUUCUUGAAAGAGAACAGAACAAAAGAAGAGCUUUGAAUGUCCUUCAAGAAGCCUGGAGAACUAUUCCUGAAGACUAAUUCCUGAAGAAAUUACAAAAAGGUUGCCUAAGAGAGUUCAGGCUGUGUUAAAGAAUAAAGGUGGUCAUACCAAAUAUUGAGUUUUUUUCCUUAGAAACUGUAUUUCCAUGUGUCUGAAUGUUUCAAUAAGUUGCUGCACCUAUUUCCCAAUUUCCUAGCAAAAUUUAAAGAAAUGAGUGGCUCAUGACUUUUGCACAGCACUCUGUCUCUGGCACCAGACAGUAAUGCAGGGAAAUGAAAUUUACAAAAAAAUGUAAUUGAACAUUAAAGGUAUUUUAUAUAUAUAUAAUAUAUAUAUAUUAUAUAUUAUAUAUGUUCGUAGAUAGUAAAUCUGGUUUCUAUCAUGAAUCAACAUAAGUAGCCACAUAUAUAGAAUAAUCUGGAGAGCUCAGGAUGUCUUUUUCUCUCAUGGAGAUGUUUCUCAUACAAAUGACUGAAUCCUUUAUGUCUAAAACAUCAGAGGUUAAGAAAUUUCCUGCCUCCAUGUAGUUUAAAAAAUGUUUUUGAGAAGUCGUUUUGUGAACAUUUAUCCAAAUUAGAUAUCACUUACAAGUUGCUAAUUACUGCACAUUACUUGAAUAUCACCAUUAUUUACUGUAUAUAUGUUUCUUCCACGUAAAAUGUACUUAUAUUAUCACUGAUAUUUUGUAUUUCAGUCAUUUCAUGUAUUUCAGCAUUGUUGACAAAAUUGCAGCCGGAUUAGAUAUUGAUUCAGUGUUCAUCUGCAUUGACUUUAAUUUAGUUUUUUGCUUUUUGGGUUGUUUUUUUUUUUUUUUUGACUAUGCUCCCUGGACUACCUCUGAAAACAAACACGCCUGGGUCAUCUCUGGGGGAAACUCUUGGUUAAAUAUGUCUAAUAGUUCCCAUUAGACCUGCAGGUCAUGUGGAUCAUGAAAUUUUGAAGUAACUGUCAAACUAGUACUGUCGUAGUCCACAUCACUCAUCUCACUACAUUCAUAUGACCAUAAGUGAAUGGAAGUCAGCCUUAAAGGGUGCCUUUUAAUUUAACUACAGCUGAGUCAAUGUGUGUUAUUUUACAAGAGCUGUCUAGAUAUUUACUCUCUAAAUGGGGACAAUGUUUUGUGAUUUUACUGAUAGUUAUAUAGUUACAUACAGUACUUGAUCCAUUUUCAACUCUUGAAAAGGUUGAAGUGUAACUUGAGAAAUCAUCUUUUUAUGCCUUACUCUUAACACCAUUUUGUAGUUAUGUUAUGUGUUGAUGUGUCCUCAUCCACUUCCUUAAUAGAACUCACAAACCUGUGAUAUAUAUUUUGUUUUGAUU